CUUUUACGGAGGAUCCACCAACAUAACCAAAAACAAAGUUGAGUUUCUAGUCUUGUUUUUUUUUUUUAGCAAAACAAGUAUUCAUAUGGAUCCGAUCACAAUAUUUCUUUUUGUUAUACUCUGUAUAUGUUUCCUACAUAUUUACUAUGGUCGAAGUGGAAGCAUUAAUCGAAAGUUUCCCCCGGGACCAAAACCAUUACCACUCAUUGGAAAUAUGCACAUAAUAAAUAUGAAGAGACCUUUCAAAACAAUGUUAGAGUUAUCUGAGAAAUAUGGCUCAGUGUUCACCAUUCAGAUGGGAAUUGAGACAAUGGUUGUGCUUUGUGGAUAUGAGACAGUAAAAGAUGCUCUUGUUAACCAUGCUGAUGAAUUUUCUGGAAGACCGAAAGUACCAAUAUUUGAAGAUAUGAGUCAAGGACAUGGUGUUAUAUUUUCCCGUGAUGACAACUGGAAGAUAAUGCGACGAUUUACUCUUUCAACAUUGCGAGAUUUUGGAAUGGGAAAGAAAAUAUUAGAACACAAGAUAAAUGAAGAAUGUGAUCGAUUAGUAGAAAGGUUUCAGUUAUACAAAGGAAAGCCGUUUGAAAACAGAAUGAUAUUAAAUGCUGCUAUAGCCAACAUUAUCAUAUCCAUAGUUAUGGGCCAUCGCUUUGACUAUGAAGAUCCUAUCAUUUUAAGACUGACACAUUUAGUAAAUGAAAACACUAGACUUGUGGGACAACCUAUGACACUGCUCUACAACACCUUCCCAUCUCUGAUGCGCUGGUUGCCAGGAGGUCACAAAACCAUUGUUAAAAAUAUAAACGAAAUUAAAGAUUUUGUUACUAAGACGUGUAAAAGCCUCAAGAAACAACUUGAUGUCAAUGACCAGAGUAACCUAAUUGACACAUUUCUGGUCAAACAACAAGAGGAAAAGUCGAACCAUGAACUAUAUUUCCACAAUGAAAAUCUACAAGCACUUGUCCUUGAUUUGCUUGGUGCUGGGAUGGAGACCACCACUACAACGCUUAGAUGGAGUCUUCUCUUAAUGAUGAAAUACCCAGAAAUCCAAAAAAAUGUCCAAAGGGAAAUUGAGAAAGUGAUCGGAUCCUCACAGCCUCAAACUGAGCACCGCAAAGCAAUGCCAUACACUGAUGCUGUUCUUCAUGAAAUCCAAAGGUUUGGUGAUAUUGUACCAAGUAAUCUGCCACAUAUUACCACCAAAGAUGUCACAUUCAGAGGAUAUUUUUUACCUAAGGGGACCCAUAUCAUUCCACUGCUGACAUCCGUACUGAGAGAUAAGAAGCACUUUAAGAAACCAGAAGAAUUUUACCCUGAGCAUUUUCUAGACCCUAAAGGAAAUUUUAUUAAAAAUGAUGCAUUCAUGCCAUUUUCUGCAGGCCGUAGAAGUUGUGCUGGAGAGAAUUUAGCAAAAAUGGAGUUGUUCCUGUUCUUCACGCGGCUACUGCAGAAAUUCACUUUUCAGCCCCCACCUGGAGCGGACCUUGAUCUCACUCCUGAACUUGGGUUUACGAAAAGUCCAAAGUCAUAUGAGAUCUGUGCUUUGCCUCGCAAUUGA